AAUAGAAGCUAUAAUGGAAUAAACGCUCUUUCUCAAAUAGGCACAAAUUUUCUAAUCCAACCCCGCGUGGAUGUGCUCUGCCAGAUGGCAUAUAGAAACCGAUGGAAGCAAGGCUGAUUGACUUCUUCCAACCAACUCAGUCGAACAACCGUGGCAUCUUUUGACAGCCAAACACGACUUUGAGACGUACCAGGCUACAUAAAGAGGCUCUUUUCAUAUUGUGCGAGCUUUGAUUCAUUCGUUGCAGCAUUGGUGAAUUGCAAGAAGCCAACUGUUACAGGCAGAGACAUUUACCUGUGAUCGCCGGACUGGACUCAGGUUAUAUUGAAUAUCUCGUUUUGAAAAGAGAUACUAUUUUCGUUUCUUUGCUGCCUUCUUUCUCCUGCUGCUGGAAAAUUGGGGGCUUUCUUUCCAUAUAUAUGGCGGACAGGAUCCCGAUGAUACUCGUUGCAUUUCCCACCAAUUAAUCGAAUUACUGACUGCAACAUGUCAAUGUUCAGAUCAGCAGCUGAGCUCUCUUCGUCCGACUCUCAAUCCAGUUCUGAUGAAGGUGAAAAGGAUGUGGUUGCGAGCUCAAGCUACCAUGUGGGAGGUGCGACCCAGCCUUCUGCCAAACCCACCAAGAAGCCUCCCCUCAUAAGCAGGAGCUCUUCUUAUCGUCGUCAUGAGGUUCCGGAUGCAAAGGAUAUCCCCGAUGUCGACACUGGGAGUCAUGCAAAUAUGAUGACUGCUGCGUUGCUAGAAUUCUACUGCUUAAGCCGGGCUACGGAUAUCUUGAAUGCCCAGGAGGGCUCAGUCGGAAAUUACACCCGUGAAUCUCCGGAAGUACAGUACUUGGGCAAACGGAUGUAUGCCUUUAAAUCACAGUUUUUAUCAUCACACGGCGUGCUAGCCAGUGGUGUGGACAAGGAAGAGCUGGGAACGACAAGGCAAUACUACCGCGACAACCUCGAUUUACUUGGGGUAUCCGCCUUGGAGGGACUAGAUCUGAACGACCGCCAUGUGCAACAGUCGCCAACCAGUACGACAAAGGACCUAGCAUUGGCUGCCAGGUCCUCAAACAUGCGCGUUCUUACAGAGACUCCACAUGGAGGUUAUGCACACCACAUGGAUCAAAGACGGGAAAUACUAGGUCUCAAACAAUUUUCCGGUGGAAGAAAUGUCACUCCUCUGGAAGAUAUUCGGUUGGAUGUCACGAAGUUGCCACAUCGAACAUUGCCUUUUACCGGAAGUUCUCCCGUGAGCUUCCCACUCUUCAGUUCUCAGCCACCGUCGCCUGUCAGUGCCAUGUCUCGUUACGCAACGGAAUUCUCUGAAGUUGGUAUCUUAGGUCGAGGCUCGUAUGGCGAGGUGUACCAUGUGCAGAAUCAUAUUGACGGACAGAAUUACGCCGUGAAGAAGAUUCCGCUGAGCCAGAGACGGCUGGAGCAAUUGCAGUUUGGUGGUAAUCAACUUGAGACCAUCAUGAAAGAGAUCCGGACGCUGGCUCGACUGGAGCAUACCAACGUCGUUCGAUACUACGGUGCAUGGGUUGAGAAAGCACACUUUUCGCAACGCGUCUCUAAUCGACCGACUCCUUUUGCGUCCAACAAUGGACAGACUGCGUCUGACCAAGAACAAACUCAAAGUUACCUGCCGAGCCAUGACCCAAUGGACAACCAUAGCUAUGGGGUUGUCUUUGAGCAUUCCGAGAGUUCUGCGGCUGAAACGCAUUCAGAUUCAAUGUCACAACGGAGCCAGUCGACCACAACCUCGCGCCAUUCGAAGAGAUCUUCAGGUCAUAGUAUCCAAUUCGACGAAGAGAUUGAAUCUAUCGCCCGCGAUUUCAGCGUUCCGUCCCAGGGUCAGUUGUCAACUUUUGGUGGGAAUGACAGCGAUAUUUUCACCGAUGGUCUAAGUCAUGGCGCCUCGAAAAUGCAGGUCCAACGAAGGGCCAGAGAUGGGACGGAUGACCCUGCUGUUGUCCUUCAUAUUCAGAUGUCACUACAUCCUACUUCACUCGGUUCUUACCUCAAUCCACAGCAAAGUGAGAAAGGAACACGGCGCCAUUGCUAUCACCUGGUGCCAUCCUUGAGGCUGAUGCUAAGCAUAAUCUCUGGCGUCGAGUAUAUCCACUCCAAAGGCAUCGUACAUCGUGAUCUCAAACCGGCGAACAUUUUUCUGUCGUCUCCAGAGAAUAGCAACCUAGAGAUAUGCGGUACUUGUCAAAAACAACCCGAAUCGGACUGCCGGCAUUACCAUCCUCGAAUCGGAGAUUUCGGGCUCGUUGCAGACAUCUCGCAUAUAGACGAUUGCUCACCCAGGGGCUCUGUAUCUUCACAGAAUAUGAACCGUGUCGUCGGGACCGAAUUCUACCGCCCACCUACGAACAGCAAUAGUCCUGGGAUAUCGGAGUCGGAUGAGUCUAUAACUGACGAGGAUUAUUACACCAUCGACGAACGACUUGAUGUAUAUGCCCUUGGGGUGAUUCUAUUCGAGCUCUUGUAUCGUCUGAGUACGAAGAUGGAACGCCAGAUGGUCUUGAGUGAAUUGACCCGGGGUAGGAGCUCUUCGGCUUCAAUUGACAUGGCCACUCAAAGAACGGUGUUCCCGCCCGAUUUCGCAGAGAAAAUCGACAUGGGACAGGUGCCACUCAAGGAGGGAAUGUCUCUCGCAGAUUCUAUAAUGACCUGCAUUAGAGGCAUGCUGGAACCGCGUUCUAAGCAGAGAUGGCGCUGCUCCCAUGUCAAGAAGCAUUUGGUGGGAAUUUUAAGCGCAUUAGAGAAGGCGUCAUGAUUUGAUACUGGGUUGCAUUGGAAAAAGGAACCUACUCUACUCCAUAGAAGCAUUAAUAUAUUAAAGAACGUGAUACGAACUCAAC